AUGAAUACUAUAAAUACUAGAAAGUAUUUCAAGGUAGGAAAUAGGAAACCAUAAUCUGGAAGUCACAAAGAAAUUAUAAUGAGAAUGGAAUCCUAGGAAGAGAAUUUGAAUGAUCUUGAAAGCCUACUUCAAAAGAAAAUGUGCCUUAAUGAAAAUGAAUGCUUUUUUAUCGAAGAAAUAUUCAAUACAGAUCCAGAUGAGCCAGAAGCAUUACUUGAAGAGAAAAUCUAUAUUACUCAAGAUGUCACUUUCAACCCUCAAUAUUAUUUAAACAAUGAAAAUUCAAUAAUAGAAUGA